AAUCGUACAACCUUGGUUGCUUCAGUUAUGCGCAAUCCGAGCUCAGGUAGAGUGAACAUCCCGAAAGGUUACUCACAUUUAUGCGGAAUGGCUGGACUUGUAAGGCUUUGGCUAGUGAUUAUUUGGUAUUCUCUUGUUUUGGCUUCUCAUUUGUAUUUUGUCCACGACGAUGUCUGCUAUUAGAAGGGUGGCUUCGGAGCGUGUAACGAGGCUGUCAGCCAAGUCGAGUCCAUAUCAUACCGCGGUCACACUCUACGACGCACAGGGCACCCCGGGACCAUCCACCACGCGCCGUCAGACCCGCCGUGUCAAACGGGAAAAUGUGGAGCUCAAUGACCAAGAAGGUUCAGAUGAUGCGCUCCCAACAGCAGCCAAAAAGAAGAAAGCGAAGGUCGUGAAGACAGCAACAUCAGUAACAACGACAGAGACGAAGUCCAGGUCACCCAAGAAACCGAAAGCGAUACCCCAGAGUUUAGACGUACCUCAUCCGGCCCCGGAGCGAUGGAAAGAGGCAUACGAUGCAAUCAAGGAAAUGCGCUCAAGGAUAACAGCCCCGGUGGAUACGAUGGGUUGCGACCAGGCGCAAUGGAAAGAACAAGACCCAAAGAACAGGCGCUUCGCUACACUCAUUUCUCUGAUGCUUUCAUCGCAGACAAAGGACGAGGUCACGGAUGCCGCAGUGGCCAAACUACGUAUUGCAAUAGGCGGCUCACUUUCUGUAGACGCUGUCAUAGCUGCAGAGGAGGCUACCGUUUCAGAGGCAAUAUCCAAGGUCGGAUUCUGGAGACGGAAAACACAGUAUAUCAAGCAGGCAGCCCAACGACUGCGCGACGACUUUGAUUCGGACGUACCGAAGACGGUCGACGAACUGUGUUCGCUACCGGGUGUUGGACCCAAGAUGGCGUUUCUCGCACUCCAAGUAGCAUGGAACCUAAAUCUCGGAAUUGGGGUGGAUGUUCAUGUUCAUAGAAUAACCAACCGACUGGGUUGGCAUCAGCGGCCAACGAAGAAUCCCGAGGAGACGAGACUGAAUCUACAAUCCUGGUUACCCAAAGAACUCCACGGCGAGAUCAAUCAUGUGCUUGUUGGUUUUGGACAGACGGUGUGCCUCCCUGUCGGCCCGAAAUGUGACUUGUGCACGUUGAGCUCAGCUGGAUUGUGUCCAAGUGCGCAAACCAAGAAAUUGUCCAAGCGUGAUAGCCGAAACUCAGCGUCUACUAGUCGUGUCGAAUUAGACGCUGGACCAAAGGUCGAGAUCGAGGUGGAGAACUUAUGAUGCUUAGGGUGUUACCGCCUCAGCUCAGGAACUUGUGGCUGACAAUAGUCGUGACUCACAAGGUCUACGCGACUGACAAUUUUCAAGAACGUUUGAUUGGAGGACAGGGAAUGGGAAAUAGGAUUUCUACCGGACCCCCAAUGUACUGCAAGAUUCGCAGCUCGAUACCCUACGAUAUAAUCCGUUCACAUAACUCAAAUUCUAGGUGAUAAGAUAAGACCUCCGCAUGCUGCGGGUCACGCAAGUGCAAGAGAGAAAACUUCG